GCAACCCGCAAAGACGCUGUGGUACGACCGCCCACGGUACGUCUACCUAGAGUUCUGCGUGGAGGACAGCACGGACGUGAGUGUUGUCAUCGAGGACCAGCGGCUGGUGUUCAGUUGCAAAAAUGCAGAUGGUGUGGAGUUCUACAAUGAGAUCAACCUUUAUGCCAGGGUCAACUCCAAGGACUCACGGGAGAAGCGCUCUGACCGCUCCAUCACCUGCUUUAUGAGGAAGUGGAAGGAGAAAGUGGCCUGGCCACGUAUCACCAAGGAGAACAUCAAGCCAGCCUGGCUCUCCGUGGACUUCGACAACUGGCGAGACUGG